UACAGCAGCUACAACCACAACAACAGUAGCUCCAACCACAAUAAAAACUGCUUCAACUACAACUACAGCACCUACAACCACAACAACAGUAGCUCCAACAACAAUUACAACUGCUUCAACUACAACUACAGCAGCUACAACCACAACAACAGUAGCUCCAACCACAAUAACAACUGCUUCAACUACAACUACAGCAGCUACAACUACAACAACAGCUGCUCCCACCAAACCAAAGACUACUCCAACAACACCAACUACUCUUGUGACGACUACAACUACAACAACUAAAGCUCCUCCUCCAGUGUUUGUUGUUGCAGCGACUGUGGUUGAACCAUUUGUUGAAGAGCUAAAUGACAGACAGAGUGUGCAGUUCAAAGCUCUUGAAGUAAAAGUGAUAGCAGUGUAUGAUAUCAUCUACAGCGCAAGAUAUGGAAUUCUCUUCAUCCGGAGUUUUAUCAUUUCCUUCAAACCAGCCUUCACCAGAUUUCGAAUGAAUGGUACUCAAGCAGAGGUGGGCGUAGAGUUCAAUAAAACCACACCAGCUCAGACAAUCCCAAAGGCUGAAGAUGUUCAAGCAACACUAAAGGAGGCUGUGAAUAACCCCAACUCCACUUUGAAUGUCACAUUCGACGUGAAUUCCAUUAAAAUAAUAAGUGUACCUGCAACUUCAGCCCCAGUAGUUUUGCAAAAUACAACAACUACAACUAAUGAAACUGCUGCUAACAUCACUACCGGAGUGGCAACAACAACACCUGGAACGUCAACUGCCAGCAAUGCAACAACUACAACUAAUGAAACUGCUGCAAACAUCACAACCGGAGUAACAACAACACCUGGAACGUCAACUGCCAGCAAUGCAACAACCACAACUACAGCGGCUCCAACAACAAUUACAACUGCUUCAACUACAACAACAGCUGCUCCAACCAAACCAAAGACUACUACAACAACAACACCAACUACUCUUGUGACGACUACAACUACAACAACUGAAGCUCCUCCUCCAGUGUUUGUUGUUGCAGCAACUGUGGUUGAACCAUUUGUUGAAGAGCUAAAUGACAGACAGAGUGUGCAGUUCAAAGCUCUUGAAGUAAAAGUGAUAGCAGUGUAUGAUAUCAUCUACAGGUCAAGAUAUGGAAUUCUCUUCAUCCGGAGUUUUAUCGUUUCCUUCAAACCAGCCUUCACCAGAUUUCGAAUGAAUGGUACUCAAGCAGAGGUGGGCGUAGAGUUCAAUAAAACCACACCAGCUCAGACAAUCCCAAAGGCUGAAGAUGUUCAAGCAACACUAAAGGAGGCUGUGAAUAACCCCAACAUCACUUUGAAUGUCACAUUCGACGUGAAUUCCAUUAAAAUAAUAAGUGUACCUGCAACUUCAGCCCCAGUAGUUUUGCAAAAUACAACAACUACAACUAAUGAAACUGCUGCUAACAUCACUACCGGAGUGGCAACAACAACACCUGGAACGUCAACUGCCAGCAAUACAACAACUGCAGCAGUUACAACCAUUACAACAAAAACCACAACUGUGGUGCAAACAGUAAGGCAGCUGACCUUUAGGUCUCCCGGAGAGACCUUUACAACUGAUUUGCUCGACUCGACCUCAACAGCAUUUAAAAACCGAGCUGCACUUUUAAAGUCAACUCUUGAACCAUACUACAAGCAAUCAUUUUCUUCAUUCAGUGAUCUAACAGUGAAGUCUUUCAGAAGCGGCUCAAUCAUCAAUGAAAUGGAGCUUCGAUUUGUAUCUGCAUCUGCUCCUACUGGCUCCGAAAUUGCACAAGUUUUGGUCAAGGCGGCUUCAAACAUCACUGCCUUCACCGUUGAUGCUGCUAGUAUUUUCGUCGAUGGCACACAAGUGUCAAGUGGAGUAAGCCACAAGAUCAGUCUCAUCCUGGCUUUCUGCAUGGUCCUGUUGUCAUGGAUGCUGUCAAGCCAACACUAACAUCUCUGCUAAUUUCUAGUGGAUGAUCUGCUUAAAAAUUAUUCUAAGUGGAAACCACCCAAGACAUCAUGAGAGGGCAUUUUGUUUAAGAGAUAUAAUUAGUCAACAUUUUCCAAGCAUGUUUCUGCAAAUCAUCAGUCAAAAACUUAAAUGCUGGUAAAACCACAUUUAUUAUUUGUAGUACUUGUGAGGAUAUUAGUAGGAUAUUGUUAGUUUGGCAGCAAAAUCCUGGAUCCAGUCUAUGAAGAAAACAACUUGUGUACUUCCUGCGUCUAUUGAGAGAGUUAUUUAUGUUGUCUAAAGAAGUGAUGUAGGAUUUAAAACUUUUUCUCUCAAAGUAACUGCACUUUAUUCUUAUACAAAGUUUAAUUAUUGUGUUCAUUAUUUAUAUAUAUAUAUUUGAAAUACUAAUGAAGGAAUUGCCUGAAUGACUGAUGAGUGGGUGACACAAUUUAUGCCAGAAUCCUCUAUAAAUGAAUGUUGUGGGAUAAAAGAAAUGUAGAACGUCUGAAACCUUUGAUUAUUUUGUUUUUCUUUUCAAUAUAAACAUAUCAAUGAGAUCGAUUGUUUCUCUAUUCAGUAUGCUCUUAAGUGUUAUGCAAGCUUAUUUCCGUGUAACUAAUGAAGAAAUUUAAUUAUAUACAAUAUGAACAUUAAAUUACAUUCAUAUGAGAUUAUUGCAAUAUUUAUCUUUAGGGUGAAAGAUGUGUUAAAGGGUAUAAAAUGCAAUGUAGCUGUUUCCAAUAAAGAAAUUAAUAUGUAAAAGUA